AUGCCCCUUCAUCCCGUCCCGAUCAUACUAGGAGGUACUCUCGCACUUAUCGGUUCUGGCUAUGCUUUCAAAAAAUUCGUUUACGAUCCUCACCUAGCUCCUCUCAUAGAAGCUUUUUUAGCCUCACGUCAACCUCACAAAGAUCAUUACGAAUUUAUCCCUAUACCUAUAGUCUCUGCCGGUAUUUCGACGGCUCGACAAGAUCAUCCAACAUCUGGUCAUUUACGUCGAAGAUCUCGUCCUGUUCAGGAAUACGAACUCGACCCUUUUCCUCGUUUCCGUGAAGAUCAAGGUCAUGUUCAUGAAGAUCAAGAGCAAUCGCAUUUGGGUCGGGUGACACAGUAUGAAUUAGACGGUUCUUUUUUGCCUCAAUCUCCAACUAGAUCUAGGCGUGUCAGUUUGAAGCUAGAGGGGAAACAUUCAGGCCAACCCCUCAUCGAUCUGGAUGACGAACCUUCUCAGGUCAUCUUUGACUUCUCUCCAUCACAUGUAUCUUCCCCCACUCCCAUCACUCGACCUCUAGAGUCAAUAUCCCCAGCCGAUACUUUGGUAGAUGAUUCUGCACAAGCUCCUCUACUUGAUUCUACCGUGAUUAUCACUUCGCCAAAUUCACCAGUCACACCGGUCAUCCCUGUUUCUCCCCAGGAUGUCGAGAUACGACAACCUUUAUCUCCCACAUACUCUUUCUUCUCACUCUCUCGCUCUGUUUCACGAUCAGAUGGAUCCAUCAUAGAUGCCCAUACUUCACAACGACCACAACACGAAGAACCUUCCAUCCACGGUUCUUCCUUUACCGGCGAGGAUGACUCCAUGUCCGAUUUAUUAUCGGUACACUCGAUGUCUUCUUAUGCCGACGCAGAGGCUUAUACUCCCGAUGCCACUCCUGGUGGAUCUCGUGCUGGAUCUCCUCGUCUCAUCUCUCACCCAUGCGAACACCUUCACUCGGUCAAUCCUACUGAUCUGAAUAUCGACAUCGAACCACCUAUCGUCCCGGGGGGAUCGACAAGACGUUCGAGUUUCUCAAGUAUGAGCAGUUGGGAUGCGUUAUAA